AUGCCAGUUCUAGUAAAACCUUCUCAUCAUAGCAGAGAAAAUGAAACACCUAUGCAAUCACCUCUUCCUCAACCUUCAACGAAUUUUCGUAUUUUAAAAGUAAUCCAUGGUUCUCGUCUUCAACGAUUUAAAUAUUGCCCAAAAGCAACAACAUCAAGUGACCUUUCAAAACAUAUUCGAGAAGUUUUUGGCAUUGCUGCCAAUCAAACAUUUACUCUUGUCGGAGAAGAUAAUUCAACAUUUGUUUUAACACCUGUCGAUUUUGAUACCAAUGAAAUAUUUCGUUUGCAAAUUGGUCCAGGAAAUCCAGUUUUAUCCAGUGUUCCAACUCCGCCAAUGCACGCAAAACACAGCUGGAAAUAUUAUGGGAAAAUUCUUUUAAAUCACUUAUCCUGCUUGAAUUCUACUUCUUCAAAAAAACUGGAUUAA